GCUCAUAAAGCUGUGGCCCGGGGCCGCCCCGCCUCAUUCACUCGGGAGGCGGGUUGUCCGGGCUGAGCUGAGCAAACAUGGGUUCGCGGCUCGCAGCCACCGCUCUACUCGCCGUCCUGGCGCUGGCGACAGCCGCAGCUGCAGGUGGUGGCCGUCCGAUUGUGGUCACCAGCUACGGGCCACUGGAGGGGAUGCGUGUGUCGGUGAGAGGGACGGACACGCCUGUCUACAGCUACCUGGGGAUCCCUUUCGCCAAGCCCCCCGUCGGCCCCCUGCGGUUCUCGAGGCCGGAGCUGCCCGAGGGGUGGACCGGGACCAGGAAAGCCAUGGCCUUGGCCCCAGGGUGCCCACAGGACUCCACCAUGGAGGACAUGCUGCUGGAGACGAUGAAGAUCACGUUGGCUCCGCGGACGUACAGUGAGGACUGCCUGUACCUGAAUGUACACACUCCCGUCAGCCCCACCAACACCCAGACCAAGCUGCCCGUGAUGGUGUGGAUCCACGGCGGUGGUUUUGCGAUGGGCAGCGGCGGGUACUACGACGCCUCGCCGAUGGCAUCGUACGAAGGGGUGGUGAUAGUGGUGAUCCAGUACCGGCUGGGGAUGCUCGGCUUCUUCAGCACGGGUGAUGCUGCAAUGCCGGCAAACCUGGGCAUGUUGGAUCAGGUUGCAGCCCUGCAGUGGGUCCAAGCAAACGUCGCCAGUUUCGGGGGCGAUCCCCGCUCCGUCACCAUCUUCGGGGAGUCGGCCGGGGGGAUAAGUGUCUCGCUGCUGCUCGUUUCUCCGCUGGCCUCUGGCCUGUUUCACAGGGCGAUCUCGGAAAGUGGCACCGCAUUACUGCAGGGCCUUAUUAGCAGAGAUCCAAUGUCAUCAGCUCAGCUGGUGGCCAACAAGACGGGCUGUGGCAUGGACACUUCACAGGAACUGGUUAACUGCCUGAGGAGCAGGUCGGAAGAAGAGUUUGUGAACCUCACCAAAAGCAAUCUGAUCGUACCUAUAGUGGUGGAUGGAGUGUUCUUGACCAAAGAAGUUGAUCAACUCCUUGAGGCAAAGCAGUUCCACAUGGUCCCGUAUCUGUUGGGAGUCAAUAAUCAUGAAGGUGGCUGGCUCUUGGCUCAGUUCGUGAAUCCGCCUGGCUGGCAGGAAGGAAUGGACAGAGAGAUGGUUGAGAAGGUCAUCAGAUCCGCAAAGCUGCUGCCGCUGGAGGAUGUGGAACAAGUCCUGGAUGAAUACUUGGGAGACACGCAGGACAGGACUCAGAUCCGGGACCUACACCUUGAGCUGCUGGGAGACUUGUUCAUGGUGUUGCCAACUAUCCGCACUGCAAGGUUAUGCCGAGAUGCGGGCGGCCCGGUGUUUCUGUAUGAGUUCCAGCACAGCACCAGCAUCGUCCGCCUCGGCCGGCCCGACUUUGUGAAGGCUGACCACGGAGAAGAGAUCGGCUACGUCUUUGGUGCUCCCUUCUGGGACGGAGACGUGGUUUUAUCAGAGAACGUCACGGCAGAAGAGAUGGCUUUAAGCAGAACUGUGAUGAGUUACUGGGCCAACUUUGCCAAGAACGGGGACCCGAAUGGUGAGGGGCUGGAGUUGUGGCCGGUCUACGGCAGGAACGAGAGCUACCUGCAGCUGGACGUGAGCCAGAGUACCGGGACCCAGCUGAAGGAGCAGCGGAUGAGGUUCUUCAUCGAGACCCUGGGCUACGGCGUGGGGUCGGAGAGGGAACAGCCCCAGACAGGAGCUGACCGGUGGGGCCCCAUUGUGUGGACGGAGGGAGGACUGAUUCGGGGAACGCUGAUGGAGGUGGAAGGAAGUCCCAGGCCUGUGUUUGGAUACUUGGGGAUCCCCUUUGCCGCUCCUCCCGUGGAUUCACUGAGGUUUGCUCCGCCCCAGAGAGCCCAGUCCUGGUCUGGAAUCCGGAACGCCACCAGCCAUCCUCCCAUGUGCCUUCAGAAGGUGCGGAGAGCGUUCCCUCCAUUUGCCGUACCUGCCAGUGAGGACUGUCUCUACCUCAGUGUCUACGCCCCUGGCUGGCCCUCUGGCUACACCACCCCCAUACCGGUGAUGGUCUGGAUCCACGGAGGGGCCUUCAUCCUGGGGAAAGGCUCCGUAUUCUACGGCUCAGCACUGGCUGGCUUUGGCAACGUGGUGGUUGUGGUCAUCCAGUACCGGCUCAGCGUGGCCGGCUUCCUCAGUACGGGUGACGAGGGGGCGAGGGGCAACGCCGGCUUCCUGGACCAGCUGGCAGCGCUGCAGUGGGUGCAGAGGAAUGCCGCCCAGUUCGGGGGAGAUCCAGGGAGCGUCACGCUGUUCGGGGAGUCAGUCGGGGGUCUCAGCGUCACCCUGCACACGCUGUCUCCUCUCUCCACCGGCCUGUUCCACAGAGCCAUCGUGCAGAGCGGGAGCGCCCUGUUGCCCGGCGCCCUGUCCCCACGACCCACCCAGCUGGCCGAGGAGGCGGCAGCGGCCGGGGGCUGCUGUGACCCUCGGACUCAGCAGCUGCUGAACUGCCUCAGGAGUAAGAGCGAGGAGGAGAUGGCACAGAUUGUCAACAGUGUGAACAACAUGUACCAGCUAAUUCCCUUCGUGGUGGACGGCAACUUCCUUCCCGAUGAUCCUCAGAAAAUGUUCCAGGACGGGAUGUUCCGGAGAAUUCCAUAUCUGCUUGGGGUGACGACCGAGGAGGGUGUGAACAGUCUCGUGCACUCAGAGAUCAUCAUUAAGCCUGACUGGGAGGCGGGGAUUAGCACGGAAGAAAUUCGGGAGAAGAUAAAGGUGUAUCUGAACCCACUGUUUGGUGCGGAGAAUGGAGAGUCGAUUUUUGACGAAUACUUCAAGGAUGUGCACAACCCUGAGCUUCUGAAGGAGCGCUACCUUGACUUGUUUGGUGAUGUGUUCAUCUCCAUUCCAACUCUGAGAGUGGCGCAGUACUACCGAGAUGCGGGAAACCCUGUGUUUCUGUACGAGUUCCAGCAUCAGGCCAGCUUCCACAAGAGGAGGACACCGCAGUUCACCAGGGCCCCACACGGGGCAGAGCUUGCCUUCGUCUUUGGGGGACCCUUCAUCCGUGACUUUGAUGCGCUGCUGGGCACCACAACCGAGGAGGAAAAGGAGCUCAGCAAGAAGCUGAUGAUGUACUGGGCAACAUUCGCCUGGACUGGGGAUCCCAACAUGAGUCAACUCCCUGUCUGGCCAUUGUACGGUGACCACGAAGAGUUUAUGCAACUCAACCUGACCCUGCAGCAGGGGUGCGGACUAAAGACCGACAAACUCCGAUUCUGGUCCAACAAACCAGCAAAGAGAAUUGCAAAAAUAUUAAUAUAAUUACAAGUGCGCUCCAAUUCAAUUCUGUGUUUGGUUUAGAAAAAAAUAUUAGCUUAUUAAUGUUAUUUAUUCUAUGUUAUGAAUGCAGGCUAAACCAUUUCGUUGCACUGAAAAGUGCAAUGACAAUAAAUUGAAUCUAAAUCUAAACUGAAUCUAAAAAGCUUGUUGAAUGGAAGCCAAGAGUCAGGAGAAUCAACAGUGUUUCAUUAUUUGAAGAAGGGCUUUGCCCAGAAAAGUUAUCUAUCCAUUUUCUGCAGAGAUGCUGCCUGACCUGCUGAGUUACUCCAUCACUUUGUGUUUAUUUAGUAUUUAAUUGUCAUACUGGAUGAAAAACAUCUUCCUCAAACCCAUCGAAACAUCUUCACCCUAAAGGGCCUGUCCCACUUGGCGAUUUUUUUCAGCGACUGCCGGCAUCAUUGACUGAUGUGUCAGGCCACCGAAAAAGUCGUGGCGUGACAACAUAUUGACGCGCGGCGUUUCCUCGAGUGUCACAACAUUGUUUUUGUCGCCGCUAGAUUUUGAAAUGUUCAAAAUCUUUCGGCUACCCUGAUUCGUCAGUCAAUGACACCGGCAGUCGCUGAAAAAAUCGCCAAAGUGGUACAGGCUCUUAACUCUCCAUCUGCCAGUUUUGUUCGUAUGGAAAUAGGUUUCCUGCAGUUACCACUAUCUAUACACCACAUAAUUUUGUACAACUCAUUCAUGUCCCCUCUUAUGUGUGUGAAGGAACUACACCGAAGAUAUACACAAAGACGCUAUGUUACUCCAGCACUUUGUGUCUCUCUUCAUGUCCCCUCAUAUCCUGGAUACACAGAGACUGCAGAUGCUAGAAUCCUGAUCCAGAAGGUUUAAAUUCAACAUUUCACUCACACUCAUUGACUCAUUCAUUUUGGUGGAAAUGACGAGAGAAUGUAGAAUUAGGAAGAUGAUGCCAAACGCAGGUUAGAAUUGGACGAGCUGCUAAAGAUUUAGGAAUUAGAUGCAAAGUUUGUAACUGUGGUUUUACGGGUUGGGAUGAGUUCUGCGCCUCUGGACCAGAUAUCACCUCUGCCAGUAAUGACCACACACUGCGAAAAAUAAAAUAUUGCACAACA